AUGGACUUUCGGCGACAUUCAGGACACUUGGAAUCAUUUCGUGUGUUACUAAAACACCUGCACUAUUAUCCAGGUGACACCUUACGGGGAAUUAUUGAAAUUAUUGUAAAUGAUCCCAUCAAGUACUCUUUACUGGAGGCCGUAAUCACUUCAGAGGAGAAAACCCGGUUUGGUACCACAAUAGGAUGGCGCUUUGAUUCUGAAACUCGCGUUACCAAGUAUUAUAAACGACGUGUUAUUGUGGCUGGUAAUCCCCCUCCGGGAGAAGCACUCAUCUAUUCUGAGAGAAAUUCCAGUGAAAAUUGGAGUGAUGCGGAUGGAAGUACUGUAGAUACAGGUGAAGGUGGUUCUAGUAUGGUUACUGUGGGACUGAUGCCUGGUACCUACACCUUCCCAUUCAGUGUAGUCCUUCCAGAUAUUUUACCACCCUCCUAUGAAGAUCAUAGAGGAAGUGGAUUUUCUAAACUUACAUAUUGUUUAAAAACGAAAUUAUAUUCUGGGUCACGUGUUCGAGGGAAGGACCGAACGUAUUUUACACUACGAAUGUUACCAGUAAAUCCAUUACAGUGGAUUGCCGUACACAGAAAAGUAGAUCCACGUGUACGAUCAUCAAGUAUUGAACUUCUCGCAUGUGAAGAGUCAAUGUCUCUACGGGAAGGUAAAGAAGAGAGUGAGAAUAAUGAUGAUGAGAAUAAUGAUGAAAAUCAGGUAAGCAGUGGUAGCAAAUCUUAUCUUAUUGAUCAUCAAUUUUCUCUAUACAAUGAAGCUGAAAUAAAUGAUACUGCUGAAAAUGAAGAAGAUAAUAUCAAUGAAGAUGAUGCUUCUCAAACUCCUUUCCCGAAUAGUUAUGGAGUAGCAGCACACGAAUCAGAAAACAAGGAGAAAAAGAAAAAGGAAAAGGAAAAGAAGAAGGAUGAUAAGAAAGAAAGAAAAAGGGAGAAGGAGGAGAGGAAAAAGAGAGAAAAAAUGGAAAAAAAGAAAAAUAAGAACAGUAAAGGCAUGGAACAAUGGGAAGACUCUGCAAACUUGACUGCAGAACAUAAUGGGGGCGGCAAUAAUGGCAAUAACGUAAAGGUUGAUAAUAAUGAAGAUGAUGAAUUCACCAAUGGAGAUAUUCAUAGCAAUCAAAGCGAAGGAAGGAUUGAUGAAAUGUCAAAUGAAAAUGCUUCACAAGAAAACGGUGAAAAUAUACCACCAGACGGAGAAGAUUUUCAAACAAGGGAGGAAAGACUUUUCAGAGAACAACAAGAAGAAGAGCGACGACAACGGGAACAAGAACUACAAGGUCAGCAAGAUGAUAAUAUGGAUGAAUUAAUUUAUGUGGAUCCAGCCUAUUCUGAUGGAGAAAUGUGGGCAUAUAAACUUGAUGUACCUAUUGUAAGUAUAUUUAAGAGAGGUAUCGUCUCUGUUUCUCUUGCAAUACAUUCCAUUAUCUGUGUUCGAGGUCAACCGGUUACUUUCCGUGCUGUUAUUGAUAACUCACGGGGUCUAUCAUCUAUUACAAAGGUUGUAUUUCUACUUGUAAACCGUGUUCGAAUGAGUUCAAAAGCCGAAUCUUGUGAAUACAGAACCGUUUUACGAGAAAAGGUAAUGCGAGAUCAUGCUUGCCGUGAACACAGAUUUGGUAUUCCCGAAUCUCAACUGGUUCUUCCUAAUAAUACUCCAUUGACACUUAUUACGAAAGGAUAUGCCUGUCGUACCUUCCUUGAGGUAAAAAUAUCCUGUGUGUAUGGCUUUAGAACGCAAACGGGAACCGCAAGAGCGGAGAUUGCCGUUGUGGAUGGAUUUGAUAUUCAAGGAAAAUCCCGUCGUGUAAAGAAAUGGACAAACUUUUAUCGUGGACGAGAAAUGACAAAAGAAUCUCAACCAUAUCCAGAUGUGAUUUCUCCUUUUGUUACGAAUGGUGAAAUGGUGGUUGUUUCAGAUGAUUUGGAACGUUUAAAUGCCUCACUUCCACGUACCAGCAUUUCUCGUUUCAGUGUGGAUAAUGAUAAGAAAGACUCUUCGCAAGUGACGGCUGAGGCUCCCAAGCGUCAACCACUGUUUGACUAUGAUCAUGUAGUGUAUAGACCCCGCUCAACACCAGGGGCCGCAGGAAGUAGUAUCAAUCCAUUUCGCCGUUCAGGCUGGGACACUCGUGUGGAUCUGGAGGAUUAG